GGGGCGGGGGCUGGUGGUCCUUUGGGCCUGCUCCCCGCGCAGAGCCAGCGUAGCUGUCAUGACGGAGGGCACGUGUCUGCGCCGCAGAGGGGGACCGUAUAAGACGGAGCCCGCCACCGACCUGAGGCGCUGGCGACUCAGCAAUGAGAGAGGAAGGCAGGUGUGGACUUACUUUAAGGAAGAGGAGAACCCCGGCCGGGAUCAGACCGGCCUGGAAGCCCACUCCCUGGGCCUGGACACGAAAAAUUACUUUAAGGACUUGCCCAAAGCCCACACGUCUCAUGAGGGAGCUCUGAACGGGAUGACGUUUUAUGUGGGGCUGCAGGCUGAGGACGGCCACUGGGCUGGUGACUAUGGUGGCCCGCUUUUCCUCCUGCCAGGCCUCCUGAUCACAUGUCAUGUGGCGCGGAUCCCUCUGCCUGCUGGAUACAGAGAAGAGAUUGUGCGGUACCUGCGGUCGGUGCAGCUCCCUGAUGGUGGCUGGGGCCUGCACAUUGAGGACAAAUCUACUGUGUUUGGGACUGCACUCAACUACGUGUGUCUCAGGAUUCUAGGCAUUGGGCCCGAUGAUCCUGACUUGGUCCGAGCCCGGAAUAUUCUUCACAAGAAAGGUGGUGCCGUGGCUGUUCCCUCCUGGGGGAAGUUCUGGCUGGCCGUGCUGAAUGUCUACAGCUGGGAAGGCCUCAAUACACUGUUCCCCGAGAUGUGGCUGUUUCCAGACUGGGCACCUGCACACCCCUCCACACUCUGGUGCCACUGCCGCCAGGUAUACCUGCCCAUGAGCUACUGCUAUGCCCGGCGGCUCCAGGCCCUGGAGGACCCACUGGUUCAGAGUCUCCGCCAGGAGCUGUAUGUGGAGGACUUCACCAGCAUUGACUGGCCAGCACAAAGGAAUAAUGUGUCACCUGACGAGCUGUACACGCCUCACAGCUGGCUGCUCCGUGCGCUGUAUGUGCUCCUCAAUCUGUAUGAGCAACACCAUAGCACCCGCCUACGGCAGUGGGCCACCCGGAAGCUGUACGAGCACAUCAUGGCUGAUGACCGCUUCACCAAGAGCAUCAGCAUUGGCCCGAUUUCAAAAACCAUCAACAUGCUGGUGCGCUGGUAUGUGGAUGGGCCAGCCUCUGCUGCGUUCCAGGAACACGUCUCCAGAAUCCCCGAUUACCUCUGGCUGGGUCUCGAUGGCAUGAAGAUGCAGGGCACUAAUGGCUCGCAGAUCUGGGAUACUUCAUUCGCCAUCCAGGCUCUGCUGGAGGCAGGUGGGCACCACAGGCCUGAGUUUUUGUCCUGCCUGCAGAAGGCACAUGAGUUUCUGCGGCUCUCACAGGUCCCAGACAGCCCUCCUGACUACCAGAAGUACUACCGCCAGAUGAACAAGGGUGGCUUUUCCUUCAGCACACUGGACUGUGGCUGGAUUGUCGCAGAUUGCACGGCAGAGGCCCUGAAGUCUGUGCUGCUACUGCAGGAGAAGUGUCCCUCUAUCACCAAGCACAUCCCCCGAGAGCGACUCUGCGAUGCUGUGGCUGUGCUGCUGAGCAUGAGGAACCCUGAUGGAGGCUUUGCCACCUAUGAGACCAAGCGUGGGGGGCGCUUGCUGGAGCUGCUAAACCCCUCAGAGGUCUUUGGGGACAUCAUGAUUGACUACACAUAUGUGGAGUGUACCUCGGCUGUGAUGCAAGCACUGGGGCACUUCCAUAAGCGUUUCCCUGACCACAGGGCUGCAGAGAUCAGGGAGACCCUGGAGCGUGGCCUGGAGUUCUGCCAGCAGACCCAGCGGGUGGACGGCUCCUGGGAGGGCUCCUGGGGCGUGUGCUUUACCUAUGGCACUUGGUUCGGCCUGGAGGCCUUUGCCUGCAUGGGACAGACAUACCAGGAUGGGACAGCCUGUGUGGAGGUCUCCCGGGCCUGUGACUUCCUGUUGUCGCGGCAGAUGGAGGAUGGUGGCUGGGGGGAGGACUUCGAGUCCUGUGAGCAGCGGCGCUAUGUGCAGAGUGCCCAGUCGCAGAUCCACAACACCUGCUGGGCGCUGCUGGGGCUGAUGGCUGCCAGGCACCCCGACAUCAUGGCCCAGGAGAGGGGCAUCAGGUGUCUGCUGGAGAAGCAGCUCCCCAAUGGUGACUGGCCUCAGGAAAACAUCUCCGGGGUCUUUAACAAGUCUUGUGCCAUUUCCUACACGAACUACAAGAACAUCUUCCCCAUCUGGACGCUUGGCCGCUUCUCCCACAUGUACCCCAAGAGUGCCCUGUCUGGCCACUCCUGAGGCAUCUGCAUGGGCAGUGGGGCUGCUGGGUAGUGGCAUCACCAAGUUCCUGGUGAGGCCAAGCUGUCCUGGCUGGGUGGGGCUCCUGUGCACCUCUCUCCCAGGCUCCAGCCCCACCCUCCAGGUGGCAGGGUUAAGGUUAGGGUUGGGGGCAGGCGGCUUCAGACACCAGGUUCAUUGAAGCUUCAGUUCUGAGAACAGCCUGUCAGGCUGGGCAGGGGAAGCACCAAGAUGAAGCCUAGCCUGGGGACACACCAUGUCUGGCACAGUCUUCCUAGGGAACAAGGGCAGGAGGGCCCCCAUUCCCCACAGCUGAGCUAUUAGUAGAGGAGCCAAUGUCGUUCCUGCCUGGGCUGGCUGCUGCUCCUGUUUGUGGGGCUGAGGGACUGUACAACUGAUGGCAGGCAGCCCUAGCCUCUCUCUCUGGACCACAUCCAACCAGGCAGCCAAGGGCUAUGUCAGGCUAUGCCUGGAAUGCUAUAGUGCUCUCUCUGAGGCUCUGUGCCGUCUCUCAUCCUCUGCCUGCUCUUGUGCCCCACCCCAUGUGCUAUCACUGGCUUCUACCUCAGAGCCUCUCCUGAUACUGUCCCAGGUGGUCUCUUGCUCUCCUGAGCCCUUCAGGGCCUAGUCAUACUGCAUUUGUGGUUUGGGGUCUAGCAGGGGCCUUUGAGUGCCAUUACUUUCCCAUACAUCUUGCUGCUAGGGUUUAUUUGGCUAAAGGAAGGCAUUGGGACCCUUGAGAGCUGCCCAGUUCGUUUGCACCCUCUUCCCAGCCCAUGUGUCCCCCCCAACUGGGCUAGUGACAGGCUGGACAGUGACUACCAGAGUCCACCCCAAGCAGCAGCUCUUGUCCCUGGGAUCCCCAGACACAACCCAAUCACUGACCUGUUUUCCAGAAAGGAAACAUAAAUCUACUUUUAUACUGAAAAUGCUAUUAAAAAUCACUGACAUGACCAGCUGCCUUAAUAAACAAGACGUGAUCCUGGA